UAUAAGAAAAAUCAACAGGAAUUCCAAAAAAAUUUGAGUUACUGGAAGUUUGAGUUACCAGGGGUUUGAAUUAUUAUAAAUUUACUUUAUUUUGAAUUAUUUAAAACAAAAUAUAGGUUUGUUGAAUAUAUAAUUGACUAAUCACAAUUGGUGUAAAAUAAAUUGUGUUAUAUCUAGAUGUUCAUAGUAAAAAGCACAAAGUGUUAUGGGAAAGUGAAGGAUGCUAUGCAAAUGUUCCAUUUAUGGUUUUAGCAUGCAAGGUUUUGGAUUGCUCACAUGGAAUAGAUCGUAAUGAUGCAGCAAAGAAAGCAUACAAGAAUAAGACAAAAACAAAGAUAACUGAACACUCUUGUAUGAGGAGUUAUAUUAAUGUGCAGGACACAAAAAAAUUUGAAUGCCCAGCCCAAGUUAUUUUGAAGGAAAUUAUAUACUUCAAGGAUUACAUGCUUGCUGAACCCAACACAUGGAAAAAGAGAAAAAUUUCUUUAAAAAUAAAAAAUUUGCUCAAGAACAAGAGCGACAUUGGAUUCACUGAGAAGCGAAUUAAGCUAAUUAUUGAUGACAUUUCAGAACACAGAAACCAUGCUGUUAGAGAAGAUAUAAUGUUAGCUAAUUCCUUUUGAUGCUGAGUUUCAGUCAUGAUUUUGAUAGCUAAACAUCAAAACCUGAUGUUUAACUUUUGAAUCAUAAACUGAGAGUCAAUACAAUAUAAGAUUGCAAAUCAUGAAAAUGUCAACUGAGAAAAAGAAAGACCUAAUAAAAAAUCGGAAAUUAGAAGGGAUGACCCUUUGAUUGGUAAUGAAGUGUUGUGAAAUGGAGUUCAAACAAAUGGAAAAAUUAGAUUUGGCAA